AGAGAAAGAGAAUAAGAGGGAGAUAGAAAGAAGACCGGCAGUAGACAAGAGGAGUGGUAGAGGAGCACGAAGAAGCAAGUUGGCAGAGACAGUGUCGAGAGAAGUGGUUGGUCGGUGGCAGUUCGAGUCUGUCGUCAGGUCGAGAAACGUGUGGUUAGAAUCGACUCGUUGGCAACGUUCUCCGCGCUUUUACGUUUUCUUCCUUAUCUCCGUUAAAUUUCACGCCAGCCGGAUGAAAUUGUGCAAUCGAGGCCUACGCUCGCGACGUUUCUCAAUAUGGGUUAAACGGUGUUUUUCGAACGUGACUCGACAAGAUCGGUAAUCCGAUUAUACCCUGUGUGCAAACUCCGAUAAGCUGUGUUUCCAAGUGCAAAUCAGUGCGCGUAUCGUGCGAGUUGUUCCCUGGGUACAUCCCACCGAUCAAGCGACACGUUUACUCGUGCACGCGUUUCCUUCUUCCCGUGAGUAAGUACUUACACGUACAUGCUUCUAGCAGGAAACCGAAAGGAAUAUUCGAUCGAUGCUUAAUCGUUUUUCAAGCAACGAAGAAGGAAAUACGAGUGAACGUUAGUGAAUCGGAACCGAAUGAACCGUGCGCGUCGACGACGACGUCGAAGACGAGGACGACGGGGAUAGUAGUUGGCGAUAUAGCGCAACGAAACACGGAUAAUGCGGCAACUACGUGACCGACCGAGCAACGUUCAGCAAUACGAAACAUCAACCUCGACCUCCAAACACUUUGCCGACAGCGUAGUCUCGAAUAGUUUAUGUUCCAAAGGGACAGGAAACAUUCGCGAAUACGACCGUUUUGUGUACGCUUGGCCGAGUAUGCAUUCGUAGAAAACUUUGAUCGUUCCAUGUGUGCAAACGUCUACGAAGAGAGCCUCACACUGGUCCACGAGAAACCGUUAAUCGAGACUGGAUCGGAUCGAGCGAAGUAGGACAGAGUGCAAUAAUCCUACUUAAUGAAAAAUCUAUGCUGUGUACAUUUUUUAACGCGUCCGAGGCAAACGAUCUCUGGAAAGCAUCGCUAGACGCUUCGUUCGCGGGUGUUUCUUUGAAAUAUACAUACGUAAAAUGUUUCUCGUAUCCGCGUAGUUUACCUGGAUAUAACCACCGCCAUUCCACCACGUAGCAUAGUAUUACAUAGAAAGGCUGCGAUGAAAACCAAGUACCUUAUAACGUACCAAAUAAAUCGAAUAGCUCGUCCGUUUUGUUAACCGAAUUUUAACAGAACUAAACCGCAGUUUUUAUCUACGUUUACGAGGAACCGUUUAAUUCGGCGCGGUACCUCUUCCUUGUAUCGCGUCUCGUGCGAAUGAUAAGGGAAUACGGAAACGCGAGCGAGUGUGAAAUCGUAAACAAAGAGAAAUUUGGUGAAUCGUUUGCGAAGGAAAUAGAGAGAUCAGCGAGGGAAGAGCGAUGACUGUGCAUCGAUCGGACAAGCAGGGUCGCAUUUAGAAUACAGAAAGAGUCGCGGAGGUGCGUGCAACAAGUUAAGGGGAAGCACGUGACUGUUCGCUGCUAAAGCAAACAUCCGAGCAACGUAGAUAAAGUUGGAAGCGACGACCGCGAAACUUGGGAUACGCGCAAAAAGCGUAUCCUCGUCGGUUCUCUUUCUCGCGAAUAGCGGAGAAAAACUCGCUGGCCGAGUUUGAAGGAAACGUGCAAGAUCGCGUUCGGUCGGUCGGUUACGGAGCGCGGAAGUUGCAAAGGGGGAAGGAGCGCGCCACAGGAUUUGUCAUUUACGCGAACGGCUACGCCAUUUUAGACGUCUCGCGAGACCAGUCGACACGCCUGUGCCGCGCGCACACCUCGGAAUCAUGUUUAGCCACUCGCUCGAAUUUCCAGGACAGUUGUGCACGCGGAAGGGCUUAGAACCUUGAAUGACUUUCCCAUUCUGUGGUUUCGUUUUUGACUCGUCCGACGAAAGGACGAGACAAAUGCCCGUCGCAUCGGAAGAUUGGGUGUCGCACCCGGCUAAGAUAACCAGUUCCAUUACUACCGUCAAAGGAGCCACUAUCCAAAGCACGACCACAGCUUGGAUGUCGCCAUACAGUAGAGCAUCGCCGUCCGAACGUCCAACUUCCAACAAUAACAAUAACAACAAUAAUAAUAACAAUAAUAAUGGAGUUGUUAUACUCGAAGGAUGUAGACCACCUGCUGCCACCACUGCCAGAAGGUUUCUCAGGUGGUUCAGCAGACUUGGUCAACCGCCAAUGGGAAAAUCAGGGGUGUUGGAGAUGGCGGCCACAGAGAGCACGAUCCGUUUCAGCGGCCAUACAUUGGACAAGGCUACAAAGGCCAAGGUAACGUUGGAGAAUUAUUACAGUAAUCUGAUAGCUCAGCAUAUCGAGCGAAAACAAAGACUGGCGAAAUUAGAGGAAUCGCUGAAAGACGAGGGUCUGUCGGAGCAGCAGAAGCAGGAGAAGCGAUUACAGCAUGCCCAGAAAGAGACGGAAUUCCUUCGCCUGAAACGCUCCCGGCUCGGCGUCGAAGACUUCGAACCUCUCAAAGUUAUCGGCAGAGGUGCUUUCGGAGAGGUGAGACUCGUGCAGAAGAAGGACACCGGGCACGUGUAUGCGAUGAAGAUUCUAAGAAAAGCCGAUAUGCUGGAAAAGGAGCAAGUGGCGCACGUCAGGGCCGAAAGAGACGUGCUGGUGGAAGCGGAUCAUCAGUGGGUCGUAAAAAUGUAUUAUAGCUUUCAAGAUCCUAUAAACCUGUAUUUAAUCAUGGAGUUUCUUCCAGGCGGUGACAUGAUGACAUUGCUGAUGAAGAAAGAUACCCUUUCCGAAGAGUGCACGCAGUUUUAUAUCUCCGAGACGGCGUUGGCGAUCGACUCUAUUCACAAGCUGGGUUUCAUUCAUAGAGAUAUCAAACCUGACAAUCUGUUAUUGGAUGCACGAGGUCAUAUAAAGCUCUCUGAUUUUGGGCUAUGUACAGGUUUGAAAAAAUCUCAUAGAACCGAUUUCUACCGAGAUCUCAGUCAAGCGAAGCCUUCGGAUUUCAGUAAGCACUCGCUUUUCAUGACAUCCUGUGGAAGCGGAAGUGGCGGAGCGAUGGAUAGUAAAAGAAGAGCAGAGAGCUGGAAAAGAAAUAGGAGAGCGUUAGCUUAUAGUACAGUAGGAACGCCCGAUUAUAUAGCUCCGGAAGUAUUUUUGCAAACUGGUUAUGGACCUGCUUGUGACUGCUGGUCCCUGGGAGUUAUCAUGUACGAGAUGCUCAUAGGAUAUCCUCCGUUCUGCAGCGAGAAUCCUCAAGAAACGUACAGAAAGGUAAUGAAUUGGAGAGAGACCUUAGUUUUUCCACCAGAGGUUCCCAUUAGCGAGGAAGCUAAGGAUACCAUAAUCAGAUUUUGUUGCGAAGCUGACAGAAGAUUAGGUGCGCAAAGAGGUAUCGAAGAGCUUAAAUUAGCUCCUUUCUUCCGCGGUGUCGAUUGGGAACACAUUAGAGAGAGACCAGCCGCGAUUCCAGUCGAAGUGCGUUCCAUAGAUGAUACCUCCAAUUUCGAUGACUUUCCAGACGUGAAAUUGGAAAUACCAUCUGCGCCGAUGCCUCAAGACGGAGAAAUAUCAUACAAGGACUGGGUAUUCAUUAAUUACACGUUCAAACGAUUCGAAGGUUUGACGCAACGAGGCACGCCGAUCAAGAAAUAGCAACACUCUAUUUCUUGCUCGGUUUCAACCAGUCAGCAGCCUGACGCAACUGGAAUUCCGGCCUUGGUACAUAACCCGUACCCUCCGUUGUCAUCAACGGCAUCUCGAAUGGAUGGUUGAUUCGUUUUAUCAUCUGAAUACGGUCCAGUCAAUCAUCGGCAGCCAGUCGCUUUUACAUGUACAUACGUGAUGAGACGAACACGACGUACCUAUGUACGUAUACGUUUUAUCAUAUGAAGGUGCGAAAGAAGAUGAGAAGGAAGAACAGGCAAAAGGGCAAGAAAAAAAAGAACGUGACAGAGAGGCGAUUAAUGUGUAAAACGUCGUGUUGUUUUACAAAGGACAAUGAACGGAGUGAUAGAUAUUCCGAAGACGAGCAGGUGCGAAAAUUGUUGCACAUGUGAUAAGGAAAAACCGACAUAUUUUCAUGCGCACUGUAACGUUUUUAGUGAUUUCACAACUAUAAAACACGUUUGUUUUCCGUUCUAUCGUGAAUAUUAUUUCCAUCCGAAUUUCGACGCGUAGCAUAAUAAGCUCUCUCUUUCUUCAUUCUCUCCCCCCCCUCUCUCUCUCUCUCUCUCUCUCUCUCUCUGUGUUCCU